UUACUAUUUUCCAAAUAUAUUGUUUGAUUUUAACCCUAGUUUUCCUUUCGGUCCUCGUUUUCUUCAGAACUAUGGUGGGUACUCGUAGUAAUGGUAACCCAUCCAGUAGCAGUGGUCAGAUGCCUGAAGCAGAUCCGCAGCAGCUUUUAGCGAUGAUUCAGGGGCUGGUGACGAACCAGCAGUUCUUAGCUGGGCAUUUACAGCAGGAGCAUCAGCACCAGCAUCCCCCUCGCUCGGAGCCUGGUGUUAGAGAGUUUCGAUAUAUGCGGCCUCCUUCCUUUACUGGUGCCGAGGGACCUUUAGCAGCAGAGGAGUUCCUCAAGGUCACGGAGACUAUCCUUAAAGUGACUCGUAUUCCCCCUGCAGAGUGGGUAGAUCUCAUGGAUGUUCAGCUCACGGAUACAGCUAGAAUCUGGUGGGCUGCUGAGAAGACACACCUAGAGAGGCCGAUUUUGUGGGAGACGUUCACGGAUCGCUUCAAUAGGAAGUACUUUCCUCAGUCAGCCAGGGAUGAACUCCUGCGUAGAUUUGUCGAGCUCAAGCAAGGAGGACGAUCAGUCGAUGAGUACGAGGCCGAGUUUUCUUCUUUGAGCCGAUACGCCCCUCAUUUGGUCACGGACCCCACUAUCAGGAAGCACCAGUUCCAGAAAGGGCUGGACAAGUAUAUCAGAUUGGCUUUGGCUGGCAGGGCUCUCGCGACUCACGACGCUGUGUUGGAUGCAGCACGCGAGAUUGAAAGCGUGCAGAAGGAACCAGAAGAUUCACACUUAAUUCAGAGCAGGACACCAGCAGCUCCGACUCGGAACGUCGAGCGUCCCCCUCAGAGGCAGCAGCAGCAGGUUCCGCAGAGGCAGCAGCAUUCACAGCGUCAGCCAAUUCAUCAGGCUCAUCCUUAUCAGCGUCCUGGGGUGCAGUUUCAGAGCCAGCCUUCUGUGAAGUGUACUUAUUGUAGCCAUGCCGGACAUAUUCAGCAGGACUGUCCCAGGCGUCUUCGUUUGUGCUUCACCUGUGGGUCCCCCGGUCAUAUCAGUCGGGACUGUCCUCAGCAACAGCAGGCUCAUUUGCCCCCACCUCCAGUUCGAGCAGCUCUCCCAGCUCCACCUCGACCAGUCCCGGCAGCACAGCCUCAGCACAGAUCCUAUCCACGAGCAGGACCUCUUCCUCCACAGCAGCAGCUUUAUCAGGAAGCACACAGGCAGCAACCUCAGCGACAGAUGUUCAUGAUGUCAGCCGUAGAAGCUGAGGCGAACGAUCAAGUUAUCACUGGCAAGGUUCUUGUUUCUUCCGUUCCUGCUUUAUCACUCUUUGAUUCUGGAGCCUCUCAUUGUUUCUUGUCUCGUCGCUUUGCGAGUGCCCACUCUCUACCUAUAGCUUCUCUGACUACGGGCUGGAAUAUCAACACUGGAAGUGGCAUCUUAGUAGCAUCCAGUGGUUAUGAAGCAUGCCCUGUAGUCAUCUGCGGGAGGGAACUCUUGCGCCAACAUGGAUCCCGAGAGAUGAAAAUAAAGAAGAAUCAAGAGGUGGAGAUCAAGAUGAAACAGACAGUGGAAAUCAAGAUGAAUCAGAUUGGGAUUGGAUGGAGGAUACUCCUUAAUUUGUCUUCAAUACUUUAUACCCUGGUACGCCAGGCAGCAAUGGUUGUCAAGUGUAUGCUGCUGAUGUACUACAAGAACAGUAGGGGCAGGAACUACCGUAAGCAGGUUCAGUCGUUCCUUGCAGCAUUGAAGGCAUUGUCACGUAAAGAGGUGAACUAUGGGUCACAUGCCACAACAGAGCAGAUUGAUGAAGUGAUAAGUCAGGCUCAAGCUACAAGAUCAGUCCUGGGAGCACAAAGGGCUUUGUUCGGCGAUGUUCAGGGAAAAGUCAAGCAUCUGGGCGAAAAAUUUCCUAUUAUUCGAGGCCUCCUUGGUACCACGCCUUCCGCAAAACCUUGUUUUAUUUUUGUUUUUAUACGCGUAACUGAUUUUUGA